AUGCCUCCCCGCAAGCCCCGUUGCAACUUCAAGGAGUGCAAGGAAGCCGCCCAGCGCAUCGUCGGCGACUGCAGUUUCUGCGCCGGCCACUUCUGUUCCAAACACCGCAUGUUGGAAGCACACUCCUGCACCGGACUGGAGGACUGCAAGAAGGAGAGCCAUGCUCGCAACGCCGAUAAGCUGAACAGCGAGCGGACAGUCGUUGUAAAGGGUGUAUGA